AAAGUCUGUCUCGGCAACGGGUCCAGCCCUCCGCAGGCAUUCAUUCACUCAGGGUCCCCGGGAAGGGCUUGUUAGUAUGGGCGGGUCAAGGUAGGACAGUCAAAAUGUUUAGCAAGGUAGGAAGCAACUCCUUGCACGAGGGACCCCAAUAGUCAGCGUGUGUCGGGGGCAGGAAGGCAGCUGUGAAGCCUAGACAGGUGCGGGCACGCACUUGUGUGUUCCCCGCCACGUGUUUGUGGACUUUGAGGCAAAAUUUUUGUUUUGGUUCCUGGGGUAGUUUCCGUUCGACAUUUUUCUCUGUUUAGCUUUUUGUUUUUUGUUUUUUAUUACGAAACUCUGAAUAGAAAAAGUGUAACACCUUUGAACGGAUUGGGGCAGGCAGUGGACAGCAGAUGGAUCCGGUGGUCAACAGCUGCGUGAGGAACCCCCAGCCCCCAGCUCCCGUCUGGGGCUGCCUUCGAAACCCCCACUCGGAAGGCAGCAGCGCCUCAGGGCUGCCCCAUUACCCACCAACCCCGUUUUCCUUCCACCAAAAGUCCGAUUUCCCAGCGACAGCAGCAUACCCCGACUUCUCUACUUCCUGCCUGGCAGCCACCCCACACAGCCUGCCCCGCGCUGAGCGAAUCUUCAAUGAGCAGCAUCCUGCCUUCCCACAGACCCCUGACUGGCAUUUCCCCAUCUCUGAAGCGGGGCAAAGGCUCAACCUAGGCCCAGCUGGGAGCGCCAGAGAGAUGGGGGCUGGCAGCCCCGGCCUGGUGGACGGCACAGGAGGAUUGGGUGAGGACUGCAUGGUGCUUGGGACCAUCGCCCAUGAGACGGAGAAGAAAUUAUCCAGAAGGAAAAAGGAGAGGUCAGGUCAAAGUGUGGUUCCAGAACCGGAGAAUGAAGUGGAAGCGUGUGAAGGGGGGUCAGCCCGUGUCCCCACAGGAGCAGGACCCAGAGGAUGGAGACUCUGCAGCUUCUCCGAGUUCAGAGUGAGAUGCUCCAAAGACCAAAACCAAGAAAGACUGAACGAACGCCCUUUCCAACUCCCACCACCCACUCCCACCCUCACAUCUUCUGGACCCACCCAGGCAGCCUGCGCACACUCGUACGUAGAUGUGAAGUUGCCCAGUGUGGGAGCCUUGAAUUUCCCAGAAGGUUUAGCCCAGCAUCGCCCCAGUCUCAGCAGCCCCUUCCCCAGGGCUUCAAUUUUCCACACUCUCUUGAACUCCACAGGACCCAGCGGACUGGGAAACUCUAGAAACAGAACCUGGGACACUCUUUUCUGGGUCUCUUGGCUGCUACCCACACCUACCAUCCCCCUCUUACAUCAAGUCUCCUCUGGGUCUGGCCCCAUAUGGCCUGUGCAGAAUCCAUUCCUUGGUACCAGCUGGUGACUUGUAAAAGCAAAACCCUCUCCAGAUGUUCACACCAUUGCAUUGAGUGGAAGGCUAGAAAGUGGCUCCUGUCUCUAAGGACGGAGAGACUAGCACAAGAGCUGAUGGAUGAUGACCUAGACACAUGGACCUCAGGCUACAGCAUCCUGUGUGCUCUAAGGACUCUGACUGCAAAUGAAGACAGGAAAACAGUCCAUCUUCCUCCAUGGGAUGCAUCUGGACCUGUCCUGCAUGUUCCCCAAAGCUAUUUUGUGGGAAGAACUCCCAGGUUCACACACAUGGGCAGCUCAAAUCUCAGACCCAACUUCUAAGAAUGCCGCUGUGAGGACUGGUGGGCAGACAGCCUCGGGCAGCAGUAUCCUUGGAGGAGACCCCGUAUGCCUCAGUAUUAGAUGGUGGCUCUCGCAGGUCCUGCUGUUGUUGCAGAAGGAGGUCAGCAAGUGUUUGGAUUUCUUGCAUGUAGAUUUGAUUGCCAGUGUUUAAAAAUAACCCCGGUUCCCCACCCCACCCCAUCAAGACAGAAGCUGUGGAAAAUGAUUGUCAAAUGAGAUGGCAAGUUAAAGCAUGUAUCAGUUUCCCCCUAAAGCAUACUUCAUAUGGUUUUUUUUUCUAAGAUUAUGUCAAAAAAUUGUGCAAGGUCAAUUCACUUUGUAAGAAAACUCUCGGAGAAAUAAAUCAACCAAAAAAAAAAAAAAAAAAA